UAAAAAUUGUUAUAGAAAAAAUGUUUUGUUUAUGACCAAUUUAACGUCUAACCGUCUACGUCGCCUAUACCGUUUUUGAAACUGGGGAUAAUAAAUUAAAGUAAAACACUAGGAAUAUACAAUAAAAGCAAGAACCAUUUGAAAACAAUCACAAAGAACAUCAAAAAGAAUAAAAGUAUGAGAAUGCUCUUUCUCUUCUCUCUCUUGUUCUUCCUCUUCUUCCAAUCAUCCUCCUCCUCAAGAUCAUCAUCAGAAUCUCACAUCUUCAUCUACGGUGGAUGUUCACCGGAAAAAUACACACCAAACACUCCUUUCGAAUCAAACCGCGACACUUUCCUCUCCUCCGUCGUUACUUCCUCCUCCGAAGCCUCCUUCAACAGCUUCGCCGUCGGCAACGACUCUUCCUCCUCCUCCUCCUCCUCCUCGGCCGCUGUCUUCGGUCUUUAUCAAUGCCGCGAAGAUCUCCGACACUCUGACUGCUCAAAAUGUAUCCAAAACUCCGUCGACCAAAUCACUCUCCUAUGUCCUUACUCUUACGGUGCUUCUCUCCAGCUCGAAGGCUGCUUCUUACGCUACGAGACAAACGACUUUCUUGGGAGACAAGACACGAGUCUUAGGUACAAGAAGUGUAGUACCAAGAGCGUUGAGAAUGACUAUGAAUUUUUUAAACGGAGAGACGAUGUGUUGUCGGAUCUUGAGUCGACUCAACUAGGUUACAAAGUGAGCCGGUCUGGUUUGGUCGAAGGUUAUGCUCAGUGUGUUGGUGACUUGAGUCCUAGUGACUGUACGGCUUGUCUUGCGGAAUCUGUUGGGAAGUUAAAGAAUCUUUGUGGCUCUGCGGUUGCAGCUGAGGUUUACUUGGCUCAGUGCUAUGCUCAUUACUGGGGUUCUGGUUACUAUGACUUCUCUUCAGGAGUCAUUGCUGGAUUCGCAAUUCUUGUUAUCCUCCUCUCCCUCUGCAGAAACAACAUGCAUUGAUACAAAGAAGACAAGAUUCGCGAUAAAAGAUUAUAUAGGGACAUCUUUUUUUUUUGGUCAAAGGGACAUCUUUUUUUUGUAUUCUCUUAUUUUGUAGUAACAUAUCCGUUACCUUGUCGAUUUUUUUGGUUGAUCAAAAGGAAGGAAAAAAACUCGAAGUGGCCAACAUACUCGAUGUAUAAUUAAUAAUUUGAUUAGUGACCCGCAAUGUCUGCUUUGAAAGAUGAUAACUUUAUUCCAUAAAAUAGUUAUAAGCUUACAUUA